AUGCAUGUAAGAUAUAGCUGUGUUCAAAGAACCGUGAACCUUGCUAUUGGUUCAAGAGUACUUCGGACAAAUUUAGCUGUUCGAUUUUACUCUGCAGCUCCAAAAAAAACCGAUCAUGAAGGAAACAAGGUAAUAGAUUUACAAGAAAGAAAAAAAGAGCCAAUAAUCACUGAUAAAUUCAGUACGUUGAAAGAGAAAUAUGAAAUCCCCAGAUAUCCAAUUGUUCUAUGUCAUGGAUUUUCUGGUUUUGAUAAGUUAACUUUCAUGCACAAACCAAGAUUCCAUAACCAAUUGCACAAGGCUAGCGAGAAAGUAAAAGCUACUAUUGAUGAUGGGCUAUUUAAUAUAGAUUAUUGGUAUGGGAUUAAGGAGGCACUUGAGAAUAUAGGAAGUACUGUUUUGAUUGCUAAAGUUCCUCCAUUCGGCACGAUAAAGGAAAGAGCAACCCAUUUGAACGAUUUUAUUAACAAAGAGUGUGACGAACUUCGUAAAAGCGAAUCCAAGUCUUCAAUAUAUAGUAAUAUGUCAAACAAAUCGAGCGAUGAUGUAUCCGAGAGUGCAACAUUCGAAGAAACUAACAAACCAAUCAAAGUGAACUUGAUUGCUCACUCUAUGGGGGGCUUGGAUAGUCGUUAUCUUAUAUCCCAACUAAAACAUACCAAUUAUAAAGUAGUUUCAUUAACUACUAUUUCCACUCCUCAUCAUGGCUCUGAAUGUGCAGACUUCAUUGUUAAACUUUUAAAGAACAAGAAUUAUCUAUCCUCAAUAUGUCCGAAAUCAGUGCAUGAAUUAACUACUUCGAGCAUGAUAGAAUUCAAUGAGAAAAUAAAGGACGACCCUAAUGUAUCAUAUUUUUCUUACGGUGCACGCUUCAAUCCUAAAUGGUUUAAUGUCUUUAAAAUAACUUGGGAGAUAAUGAAGCAUGAAAUGCAGUAUCGAGAUAAGACUCAGCCAGUAUUAGAUCGAAUUGAUAAUGACGGUAUUGUAAGUGUAGAAAGCUCCAAAUGGGGUAGAUAUCUUGGUACCUUGGACGAAGUCGAUCACCUUGAUUUGAUCAAUUGGACAAAUAAAUUAAGAAAUGCUAUUGAUAGCACUUUCUUUCACCCCACAUCAAAGUUUAAUGCCAUUGCAUUGUAUUUGGACAUAGCCGAAAACUUGUCAAAGAGAGGAUUUUAA